CAUGGAACUAGGAAAUAUGGACUGCUGGCGGGAAAGAAGAAAUAUAAGCAUAUGUCAGAAACAACUAAACAGUUGUAGUGUUACAUUUUGAUGACAUUUUGUUUCGAAAGCCGUUCGGGUUGAAUGCUAAUAGAUUCCAUGUUAUUCAAUGCAAUGCAAAAAUAUUGUAUUGCACCCAGUCAUCUAAAACAACGCUGAACACUGGCAAACAUCUAAACAAGGGUCGACAACCGAUAGGGCAAUGGUCCAAAUAGUAAUAAGAAGCAGUGUGGGCAGUGGUGCCGCUGCAGAGUGGCUGCUGGUUGAACUGCAAGGUGAAGUGGUAUCCAGGCAGAACUCUGGUCUAGCAGGGAAUGCCAUGGGGGAUCUGCUCUACACUAAGGAGGGUAUUCCUGUGCUUAUAGUCGGCCAUCACAUCCUGUAUGGUAAAGUGGUCAAACUGGAGAAGCCUUUCGCCGUCCUCACCAAGCUCCCUGGUCACGCACAGGACGCCGCCAGCCAUGACGACAACAACCAGGUACCCAUGGAAACCGACAGCCAAGGAGAUCCUUCCUGCACCUCCUACUCGGUGACAGCCCUUAUCAAGAAGAAGCUCAUUUUCAAGACGCGGCCCAAGCCAAUCAUUACAAAUGUGCCUAAGAAGGUGUAAACCAAGAAACUGUUAAGUUUUGUGUCUGUGCACAUACCUGGUGUGGUGGGUAUAAAAUAUGAAUAGAUAGAUCUUUGCAACACAUCUAAUAAAGUAGUUGAGGUGCUUUUAAGUAUUUGCACUCUGCUAAACUUUUAUAAUAUAAAAGUUUAGCAGAGUGCAAAUACUUAAAAGCACCUCAACUACUUCAUUAGAUGUAGGAAACUUAACUGUUUCCGACACCAGGUGUCGCCAAAGUCCCUUUUUUGAAACUAAGUAUCUAAAGAGGAGAACAUGUGAAUAGAUGUAAAUUUCUUUCAUCAUAAGGAGAAUGUUUUAUUAAUGUGUGAUUCAUUUGUUUUUAUUCAUACCUUGCAGUUAAAUAAUAAAAUACUAAACCGUAUAAGUAAAGCAUCAGAAGAUGCUUUUUUUUCUGGAUCCUUUCGGCAAUAGAAAACAUUGUGUAAUAUUUCAUUCAAAAAUCCUUGUCAUAUGGGUUUGUUGUAGUAAAGCCUACCUCAUCAUAGUUUUAGUAGUGUAAUGGGAAGUUAGGAUCAGGUCUUGAAGGAUAUUAAAUGCUACACACACCUGUAUGUGUUCAAAUGCACAUUAUUUAAGUUUUUGGGGGAUUUGUCCCAAACCCUUUCCCCUAUCCCCCUACAUUUCUUAACAUGCACCUCAUCCCAAAAUAAAUGCCAAUGGUUAAAGUA